GUUGGUCACACUGGUGUUUACAUUUUGUGGUAGCGAAUAACUAGAAGAAAAAAAACCGAAAUGGAUCCGAUCGUUCUAAUCCUGUCUUAUGGCUCCAAGACACCCCUGGAAAUAGCCGAAGGCAUCCUGUCGGAAAUGGAUCAACCAAAGACACCGAUAAAUAACGAAGUUUAUUCACAUUUCUAUAAAUGCAAGAUUAAAACCAAAUAUUUCAACACUUCCGUUAAUUUAAUUCCUUUCGAUGGAAAGUGGGAAAAUGUUCCGACUGAAAUUACUAAAGAAACUGAAGCUGUCAUAGUAUUUUUUGACGCCAAUGAUCUGAACUUUUUGAACACUUUCUCAGAUACUUUCUUAAAGGAUUGUCCCUUGAAACUUGGGUUCCUCUUGACAACUUCGUUUCCAUGCGAGGAAAACGGAAUUUCCCUGUCCGACCUGAAGAAACGCACGAGUUUCAUUUUCGAUUUUAUAUCUCUAAGGAGCGAUACCGAAUCCACAGCGACAUCGACUUCUGAUCAAGCAGAAGAUGAUUAUAAAGAAAUUGUAGAUGGUCUGAGAAAUGUGGUUUGGUCGAAUGUGGAGAUAAGCACAAAAUCGGGCUCCCAUCAGAAGAAAUCGUUAAGUUCUGAAGAUUUGGAUGCGCAAUUGAAUGAUUUCGAAACCCUUUUGAUUUCCGCGCAAAGCUUACGCAGUGACACGCGCUUAACAAGGGACGAGUUCCUGGACAAGGCGGAGGAGCUGGCCGGCGUAAUGUCGAACAUUCUGAAUGAUAAUGAUAGCGACUAAGCUUGUCUAACGUAUCGUUAGGCGAACAUAUCUAUCGCAUUAUUUGGUUACAAUAUACAUAUGCUAAAUUCAGACAA